AUGGCGGUGCACCUUCUGCAGAGGAGGAGGGUGCUGCCAUCACUGCAAGAUCUGGCUAUUCUGAGCGGCGACCCGCGCCACACUGUCAUGGAUACCGACUGCAGGUUCUCUUCGAACGCAGAGCUCAUUGAGAAAGAAAAGUCCAAGCUGGCAUCUCUCAGAACAUCGUCAAACGAAAGCCUGGGAACUUGGUUGGUGGAUUUUUUCCGGUACUACGGGGUCGAGUACAAAGGUGGUGUGAUUGCCAUUCGGAGCGGUGCGUCCGCUGCCGUAUGGCGAUCUGCCAGCUACUCUGGGCAGUUCUACUUCGUGGAUAACCCCUUCGAGCCAGGCAAAGACGUGGCAAACGCAAGGGCCCUAGGUGGAGCUGGGACAGCUGGUGCGUUUGAGAGAGGAGUUCCGAGCAGCACAUGCCCAGCUGCGCCGAGGAACGUCAGCACAGGAGCUGUGCUUCGGACGCCAGCCCGACGACGACUGAGCGCUGUAAUAUGGAUGCUACAGUACUGUCGACAUGGAGGCACUAUCCAGUUCGAUAGGGCGGAGGUGCAGCUUGCUCAUAGCAUACCGUAUGAGCUGACGAAGGAGACGCGCGAGUUCUUCCAGAACCAGAAUCGGUUCAAGGCUCUCCUUGAGCUGGUCUUCUCUCCGCGCGAGCCGCAGGAGAGUACGGAGGACCAAGUUGACUUCGAAGACGCACGAGCAGAGUUCAACACGCUGUGCGAGAGGGCGCUGCACCUGUACAAGGCCCACGAGGCUCGUGCCGAGCAGAGGAUGUGGCGCGCCUUGCAGCAACUUCCGGAGGACCUCUACAGCGAGGCGAUCGCGUCCAAGCCGGAGAAGGUGCCCGAGGAGCUACUGUUUCACAACCGCUACCGCAAAGAGAUCUUCCGAGGCCUCUCUGAGCAUGAGCAACGGAAACUGCAAGUUUUCCACAACCUCAUGUACGUGCGAUACCCUCACGCGGAUGAGAAGAGGCGGAAUCCGGAGCGGUUCUGGAUGCCCGAAAACCUGAUCGUGUCCCGACAGAAGGAGGCUGCAAUGGCCAAGAAGAACAUCAAGCCAAGAAAGGGCUAG